CCACUUUAAUAUGGUAUUAAAGUUUGGUCCGUGGGCACAAUAGCAAAAAACUAAUGCAACAAAAAAAAAUUCAAUCAACAAAAGUUGCAGGUUUUUGAGUUGCACAGUUUAACCAACUAACAACUCUCUUCUCUAACACACCCACUUAAUUAUUAUUAUUAUUAUUAUCAAUAAUAAUAAUCACAAUUACACUUUACUUAGUUUCUCGCCCAAUUUUAUACCAAACUGUCACACUGCCAUUUUUUUUAUAUCAUUCUAGCUAGCUUCUCCAUAAAGCCAAACAGAACACCUCGUUUUUUCUUUUCUUUUUUCCAAACUUUGGGAUCUUAAUUAAUUUAAUUCCAUAUAUAUAUGCCUACUCUUUUAGCUACUGUUUUUUGAGAUAAGUGUGUGUAUUUGUUCAUUUUUAAGUUUAGGUUUUUAAUAUAUAAUGAUGAUGAUGAUGAGAGAUCGUAUGGAGAGAUUGGUUGUGUUUCCAUUCGCCAUAGGUUGCAAUUCUGAGUCAAGUGUUGCUCUGGGAAAAAAUUCUACUACUGUCAACGAUCAACAACAGACACCAAGUGAUGAUCUUGAAGAGAAUAAGCCACCAAGAAGACGAGAAAAUACAGAGGAAACAAGUUCAUCGUUAUCUAGAUCAGUGAAGAAGAAGAAGAAUGGUUUCUUCAGUUUUCUGAAUCUGCCAAAGCGUAAUAUUUCCGGUGGCAUACAGAGAUUGAUUAGAAGCAUCAAAAGUUUUUCUCAGAUGUUUGUGUACAAGGAAGAAGAGUCAGAGUCAGAUGAGUCAGAAAAUGAAAUGGUAAUUGGAUUCCCAACCGACGUGAAGCACGUGACCCACAUAGGAUUAGAUGGGUCAACUACUCCAAACCCAAACACAGUAAAAGAAAUCAUGGGAAUCGGAAUGGGAAUGGGAUCUCCAGAAGUGCUUUCAUUCCCAACCAUUUCCCUUAAGCAGUUUGAGCUAGCAAUGGCUGCCCAGCAACAACCUUCACCUCCCGUCGAUGAUCUCAACCACAUUGUUAAACAAAAUCUUACAACACCUUGAUUCAUUUCAUUACAAAAAACAAAACAUUACUAAUCUUUCAUCCUGCGUUUGAUAUAUAUACAUAUAUAACUUCGAUCUUUUCUGGGUUUUUUAUUCAUUAAUGUUGCAAAUUAAUGAUGUAUUUGAUUAUUAUAAGUUGAUUUGAGUAAAAUUCCAUGUUUAGAUAAUCGUUUGUAUAGAACUCUUGGAAAGAAAAUUUUUCAUUGAAUUUAAAAUGUAUAAUGUCAUUCUUUCCCCUAAAUUUAGAAUGAAAGUGAGUCUAAGAUAAGGUGUACGAAAGUUUCAUGACAAAA